CAAAUCCAAAAAACCCACUCUCUCUCUCUCUCUCAAUCAUUCUCCGCUCCUUUUUAGUUUUUCUUUACUCUUCUCGUCCAAUCAUCAUCACUCUCCUCUCUCUCUCUCUCUCUCUCUCUCUCUCUCUGUCUGCAAACAAAUUCCAAUUGGGUUUUAGAGAGAGAAAGUGGCAGCAGUGGCAAGAACACUGCUCCUCUCUCUGUGAUCGUCUACACGGUGAAGCUCUAGGGUUGGGCUUGCCUUUGUACCUCUUCAGGACAGGGAUGCAAUGAAUCAGUCUUUCAACUUUUCAUCUUCUGGCCCAACCGAGAUUCCAAUGGUGGGUAUCCCCAAAGAAGUGGGUAGAGGAGGUUGGGGCAUUUUAUCUGGAUCUGGUGUCCAUCACGCCUCAAGUGAUGCUACCCUCUUUUCAAGCUCGUUACCUGUUCUUCCACAUCCAAAGUUGAACUUGAAUGAUACAGAACAUGGCUGUCAAUCUAUUGAUGACCUCUCAACUGGCUUAAAUAAGCUGGGCCAUAAUUUGGAGGGCAAUGAUACACUUGAAGAUAUUGAAACUCAUGCAAUUGGAAGCUUGCUUCCUGGUGACGAGGAGGAGCUAUUAGCUGGCAUAGCAGAUGAUCUUGACCUCAGUGGGUUGCCUGGUUCCCUGGAAGACUUGGAAGAGUAUGAUCUAUUUGGUAGUGGAGGUGGCAUGGAAUUGGAAACUGAUCCACAGGAGAGCCUGCGAGUUGGCAUGGCAAAAGUAAGUUUAUCUGAUGUUGCUACUGGGAAUGGGAUCGCUCAUUAUGCUCUUCCAAAUGGCGUGGGAGCUGUUGCUGGAGAACAUCCAUAUGGAGAGCAUCCUUCUAGAACAUUAUUUGUGCGAAAUAUCAACAGUAAUGUUGAGGAUUCAGAACUGAAAGCACUUUUUGAGCAAUAUGGCGACAUUAGAACGCUGUACACUGCAUGUAAACAUAGGGGCUUUGUGAUGAUAUCUUAUUAUGAUAUUCGUUCUGCUCGAACUGCUAUGCGCACAUUACAAAAUAAGCCUCUGCGACGGAGGAAACUUGAUAUUCACUUCUCAAUUCCAAAGGAUAAUCCAUCAGAGAAAGAUAUUAAUCAAGGAACCUUAGUAGUUUUCAAUUUGGAUGCAUCAGUUUCAAAUGAAGACCUCCGUCAAAUAUUUGGGGCUUAUGGCGAGGUCAAAGAGAUAAGGGAAACACCGCACAAGAGACAUCAUAAAUUUAUUGAGUAUUAUGAUGUCAGAGCUGCAGAAGCAGCCCUUAAGUCAUUAAAUAGGAGCGACAUAGCUGGUAAACGAAUAAAGCUUGAACCCAGUCGCCCUGGUGGAGCUCGUCGAAACUUGAUAUUGCAACUGAAUCAAGACCUCGAACAAGAUGAAUCUCGGAGUUAUCGACAUCCUGUGGGUUCGCCGAUAAGCAACUCUCCACCAGGUAGCUGGGCACAGUUCAACCCCAUUGAACAUAGUCCUGUACACAGUAUUAGUAAAUCUCCUGGUUUCAGGACCCUGAGUCCAACAAAUAGCAACCAUUUGCCUGGAUUGGCGUCAAUUCUGCAUCCCCAAAUACCAAACAAUGUGAAGGUUGCACCUAUCGGCAAUAACCAAGGAAGGGGGAGUCAUGUGGAUCAUAUAUUUACCAAUACAAACUCAUCCCAGGGAUCUGCAUUUGAACAAUCACAUUCAUUUCCAGAGCCAAAUUCAAGCCAUUUCCAUGGCAGUAUGCACUCAUUUGGUCCUUCAACCUCAAGUGGAUCUGGUAUGGAAACGUUAUCAGGCCCACAAUUUCUUUGGGGGAGUCCAACUCCUUACUCAGAACACACCAAUUCUUCAGCUUGGCCGCUACAGUCCGUGGGACAUCAACUUACAUCUAAUGGGAAGGGUCAUGCCUUUCCAUUCUCAGGUCAUCGUGGCUCUUUCCUUAGCCCUUCCCAUCACCACCAUCAUGUUGGAUCCGCCCCAUCUGGUGUUCCGUUAGACAGGCACUUCAAUUACUUCCCUGAGUCACCAGAAACUUCAUUUUUGAGUUCCACUGCCUAUGGAGGCAUGGGUUUGGGCCCCAACGGUGGAAAUUUUAUGAUUAAUAUGAGUGCUCGUGCUGCUAGGAAUGUUGGUGUAUCUAUACCAGGAAACAUGUCUGAAAGUAAUUCCUCAAGCUUUAAAAUGAUGGCCUCACCGAAGCUUAGCCCUGUGUUUUUAGGUAAUGGCCCAUACACAGGACUGCCACCUACAAGCAUAGAUGGUUUAAUUGAGCGUGGGCGGAGCAGACGCGUUGAGAAUAAUGGGAGCCAGAUUGAUAGCAAGAAACAGUUUCAGCUUGAUUUAGAUAAGAUUAUCAGUGGGGACGAUACUAGAACAACAUUAAUGAUAAAAAAUAUUCCAAAUAAAUACACCUCAAAAAUGUUACUUGCUGCAAUAGAUGAAAAUCACAAGGGUACUUUUGAUUUUCUCUAUCUGCCGAUUGAUUUUAAGAACAAAUGCAAUGUGGGCUAUGCAUUUAUCAAUAUGCUGUCUCCUUCACACAUCAUCCCAUUUUAUGAGGCAUUCAAUGGAAAGAAGUGGGAGAAGUUCAAUAGUGAAAAAGUUGCCUCCUUGGCUUAUGCUCGUAUCCAGGGGAAGGCAGCUCUUGUGGCCCACUUUCAAAAUUCAAGCCUAAUGAAUGAAGACAAACGUUGUCGCCCGAUUCUCUUUCACUCAGAGGGUUCUGAGGCUGGUGAUCAGAUUAUCCAAGAACAUCUUCCUUCCAAUAAUAUGAACAUCCAUGUCGGUCAGCGAAACGAGUCGGACUCUGAUUCAUCAGGAAGCCUAGAGUGUGGCUCUGAUGAGAAGCCAGAUAAGAGUUAAUAGUGUAUUUGAAGCAGAUGCCCUCGGCCCUAUUUGGCCGUGGCCGUGGCUUCUAACCAUCAUACAUAUUAUCAAGUAUAUAAACGUAGGAGUCGGAGAAGGAUGCAUGCAGAUUGUAUUCUAGUUCCUUUUGGUAGUAUUUUCUAGGGAGUUUUACAAGAAACAGUAGUAGGAAUUUGUUUCCUCUGCAGUUAACAGUCUGAUAUGGGCCGGAUAAGGGAACGCAUUUCGGCGAAUUCAAUUCUCUCAGCAGCCAGAUGCGUUUGUCACCAGUUGUGUAGGUUUCUUAUUUUUGGGCGCAUUUUUGUUGCGUGACUUGGGGUGUGGAUAACGUAGUCUGCAAAUAUGAUGUUGAUAUGGGUAUAUGGGUCAAUGUGUUUUGAGCGAGGGUUGGUGAUUUAACAUUGGGUACAAAAUUGUACAGUUGAGGACAGAAAUGCUUCUUUUC